AUGGCGCCCCACCUCAGCAAGAGGGAGCUCGACCGCUGCUUCUCGCUCUACGCCGCUGGGAAGACCCCGGUGGAGAUACGCGACCUCGUUAGUCGGACCCGUGAGUCCCUCGACGAGACUGGGCCGGAUUUGACGACCGUCCGCCGGGCCCUCCGGGGCGCCACGCACAGGCGUGGCCCAGCGGAGACUCGCGGCCGCAAGCCCGAGCUCACGGCCGUCAAGCUCCGCGCCUUGAACAACGCGCGGGUUCGUUUGAUUCGGGCGGCCAAGGGCGAGGCCGAGGUUCACCUCAAGGACGUGAUGAAGGCCGCGCGGGUCUCCGACGUCCACAAGGGCACGGCCUCCAGGCACUUCAAGCGCCUCGGGGUCACCUGGCGCGCUCCCCGCGCGGAGCCGCUCCGCGGCUCCGCGGAGGCGGGGGGGCGCGUGGCCGUGCGUUCGGGGUGGAAGCGGCUCCCGGGCAACUAUUUCACGCACCAGGUCGACGCCAUCAUCGACAAUAAGGUGUCCCCCAUCCCCAUGACCAAGCGGGCGAAGACGCACGCGAAGAAGAGUCGCGUUCGCGGCCACCUUCGCACCAAGGCAGAGGGGGUCCUCAAGCCUUUCACGAAGCCGAAGGGGAACCGGAACAGGGUGAACCCAGGCGCCAAGGUUCACGUGGCCGCAGCCAUCGUGAACAACAAGGUCCGCGUCUGGCACUACCUGCCCACCCUGUGGUGCGCCGACGCAGCCUGCGAUUUCUACGCGGGCGUCCUCGCUCCCGCGCUUCGCCGUUGCCGGAAGGGGCGCCGCGCCUUCCGCAUCCUGGAGGAUAACGACCCCAGGGGGUACAAGAGCAAGAAGGCCGUUGACUGCAAGCGGCGGGGGCUCAAGAUCACCCCCAUCAAGUUCCCCAAGUAUUCCCCGGACUUGAACCCCCUCGACUACUUCCUCUGGGCGGAGGUCAACCGGCGCAUGGCAGAGCAGAGCGCGCCGGCCAACGAGUCUCAGAGCGCUUACAAGGCGCGCCUCAGGCGCGUCGCCAUGAGCAUCCCGAAGAGCGUCAUCAGGGCAGCCGUCGUUUCGGAAACGCAGCCCGACCAGGACGCCGCGUCGCCUCUGGAGACCGUGUUGGCUGAGGCCGAGAAGCCGGACUCGUUGCAGUGGGUCUACUUGGUGACCAUAUCGCGCGUCCUGGACGCGACCCUUCCCGACGGCCGCCAGUACCGCGAUCUUGGCACGAUGAGCCGGGAGGACAUCGGAAAAGCAGUGGCCGACGCAUUCAACAAUCCGAUUCCGACUGGGUCCGCGGGCGGCCGCCCUAGGAAGGAACCGGACGGCCAAGCGCUCGUGUCCAUGGCGGUGGUGUUCCAGGAGAAGCACAAAGACGGCGCGAUCCAUUUCCACGUUGCUGUGAAGCUGACUAGGUCGGGCCGUUUCCAGCAGGCCAAGCGCACUCUGCGUGAGCGCCAUUUGUUGCCGAGCCAUUUCUCUGGUUCCCACCAGCGAAUGUGGAGCGCCGUGAGGUACGGGUAUAUGGAGACCCCAGCCAAACCAGAUGUCGACGACGCCCCGUGGGUGUGGCAGCCAGACUGGGCCGGGUUCGCGCGCGAGAACGACGCCAUCGACCUCUUCGAGAUGUCGCAGGAGCCAUACAUGGCAGGCGCGUGGGUGAAGCGCCGGGAGGCCACGGACAAGGCGGCCGGGGCGAUGGGCACGAAGACGACGUUCGACCUCGUAGACUUGACCUCGACCAUCAUCGCCAAGCACUUGUGGACGAAGGGCAGCCUGAUGGCGUACGUCCAGGACCGCGGGACGAAGGCCAUGCAGCGGUUCGUCCGCAGCCGAGUGCGCAAGCUGACGGCGGACCUUGAGGAGACGAAGGAGUGGGCGUCUGCCCGCGAGAACGCGGCCUUCGAGGCGGUGGACGAUUGGACGCUCGUGUGCCGCUGCGCUGAGGAGACAUGUCCCCAUGGCCCGGCGUGCUCGUACAGGUCAGCCGUGGAGACCAUCUUCUCCCGCAACGCCGCUUCUUUCGACGUUCGGGAGCUCGCGGCGUCUCUGCGGGACAUUCUGAUGGUCGGCCCGAAGAAGACGACGAGGGUGCCCUUCCUGGUGGGGCCGUCGAAUUCCGGGAAGAGCACGGUGGUUUACCCUUUCGACGACUUGUUCACUCCGAAACGGGUUCUGCACAAGCCUGCCUUGGGCUCCCCUUUUGGACUCCGGAACCUGGCCAGCGGCACGAAGCGGUUCAUCUUCUGGGACGACUUCCGGCCGGUUGAGUUCGCCCACGAGAAGACCGUCCCCGUCUCUUUGUUCCUGUCUCUGUUCGUCGGCCAGCACACCGAGAUCCAGGUUUCCCAGUCCUUCAACGACGGGAACAAGGACGUCUGCUGGAACCACGGCGCCGUUUUCACGGGCAAGCUGGAGGGCCUCUGGGGGACGACGAAUAAGGUGGGUGCGGAGGACAUCCGGCACAUGCAGAACCGCGCGAGGCAGUUCCCAUUCACCUCCGUCUUGUCGGACGGCUCUUUGCAGGACGUACUCUCGUGUGCUCCGUGCAUGACCGCGUGGAUCGUCCGGGAGGCGGCAAAGUUCGACGCCGUCGGCGUUUUCCGCCCGGCGCCCGCUGCGCCGGUCGGGGCAGACGCGGGCGUGCCGCCUGUGAGCGGCUUCGACGACCUCAUGUCCGACGCGCGCAUACCCCGCGCGCAGGCAGACGCCUUGCUGGCGGAUGUCCGCGCGAUGGGUGCGGUUGCCGUGGACGAGGUACUCCCCGCGGACUGGGUCCGUCUGAAUUCGUGGGCCUUGCUGCUCCCGCUCCAGAAGCGCAGACUUCUUGGGCAAAUCGGCUCUCCGGUUUCGCCCUGA